CAUUAAUACAAUUUGAUUGCGUAAUCCAGGUUACAUGUAAUCGGUUAUUACUAUAUAUAUUAUUCUUCAACUAAACCACCAUCGUCACUAUCACAGGCGGAACUAUCGGCAGUUACUGCUCGCUCGACGUCGGGACGAAUUCGAGGUUGCGCUCCGUAGAUACAUGGAAACGGAUUCGAGGUGUGGUGUUGUUCUGCAGGAUGUCUUCAGUGAUUUCUCACGGGUUUCAGAGCAGUAAACAGGACUUUAGUUUCGGGCCCUGGACUGUGACCGCGGCCAAGACUCACAUCAUGAAAUCUAAAGACAUCGAGAGGUUAGCAGAGACCAUGAACAUGCCGGCUCUGCCAGAGAUGCUGUUCGGCGACAACGUGCUGCGCAUUCAGCACGCCGACGGAUUCGGUAUCGAAUUCAACGCCAUCGACGCUCUUAAACGUGUCAACAACUUGCAAGACUCCGUGAAAGUGGCUUGUGCACAGGAGUGGCAGGAAAGCAGGGCCGAGUCGGAGGCUUCCAAAGAGGUGGUGAAACGCUACGACUGGACCUACACCACAGAUUACAGGGGCACUUUGCUCGGGGAGCACACGCAGAUGAAGGUGACGCCCACCGCCGAGCGCAUCGACAUGGAGAAGCUGAGAGCGCGAGAACAGAUCAAGUUCUUCGAGGACGUGCUGCUGUUCGAGGACGAGCUGCACGAUCACGGCGUGUCUAUGAUCAAUGUGAAAAUCAGAGUGAUGCCCACCAGUUUCUUCCUCCUGCUGCGGUUCUUCUUGCGAGUGGACGGCGUGAUGAUCAGGAUAAACGACACACGUCUGUAUCACGAGGCGGGAAAAAACCACAUGCUUCGAGAAUUCAGCACUCGUGAAAGUCAAAUGUCAGACCUCCAGCACGUUCCUCCAGCCGUUUACACAGACCCCAAUGAAAUCGCCCAGCACCUGCCGCUCAAACUCAUCGAGUGCGAGAAACUGGAGUUUCCAGAGAGAGCGACGCACGCAGAAUCAACAGAGUGACGCGAGCAGAGCGCACGCUAAAGACUCGAACCCGGAGCCGUGGAGCGUGAGCGUCAAACGUCUCGGCGCGGAGCUGCCGUCUCACAGACACUAAUGCUGAACGCUGUACAUUUCUCAAUGUGAUGCUUAUUUGAUCUGGGUGUCACUGGGGAAGAUUUCAUUAAAAUCCUUCAAAUGAU